GUGUCUCCCUUCGCCUGCAGGUCGCAGCACUGAACUCUCAUUCCGCUAUUCCAAUCCCCUUCCAUUUGUCUCUCUUGGAAACCGGAAGCAAGCCCUGCUUAGGAGUGAGGUAGAGAUACUCGCCCACAGCGAAGGAGUCGGUGUGUGAAACUCAUGCGGUGGUUUGUGGGACUACUAGGCUCAGAGCUGGGUUUCUCGGGAGACAGCGGCAGCAGGAGGGGAAGCAAGCAAGCUAGCGUUUGGAUUCAUCCAUAGAAAAGGUAUAUUAAAACAGUAUGGAAUAGAACUGCAAAAGCUCAGGAUUCCUAUCGAAAGAAUAGUCAUUUUUCCAUUUGGUACAUUUUUUGAGUAGUCUCACCACGGACAGUAAAGAGGUUUACGAGGAGCUUGUUAGACCCCCCCUCCCCGGUUUGACUUACUCGCUGAGACUGAGCGCCUGUUGUUUCAUUGUCUGCUUGCGCUCCCUUCUUUCUAUCACGGUUUUGGUUUCGGCGAUUCUAGUAUUCGCUUCUCAUGGAGGUAUCGGCGGCGGAGCGGAGACCUCGGCGGGAGGACACCUCCAUUGCCCCCAACAACAACAACAACAACAACAAGCGAUGGGCGGCUGCAGCAUUUGCGAUAGGCAUUCUCUGCGCGAAAGUUCUCUGUGUCCAGGCAGCCAUCUACUUUACCAAGGAGCCAAAGUCCCAGGAUGCCCUCCAUGGGCGUAGCGCCAUCCUGCGCUGUGAGGUGGAGAAUCCAACCAACAUGGCGUUCGACUGGUUGCACGACGGUGUGCCCGUCCAGGACUCGGAGAGACGCUUCAAGGAGAGCAGCAACCUGAAAUUCACAGCCGUAGACCGCCACGAGGAUGCUGGCAACUUCCAGUGUGUGGCCACCAACACGGUCAGCAAGGAGGAGGCGCGCUCAACCAAUGCCUCCUUCAAUAUCAAAUGGUUGGAAACUGGAGUUGUCACCCUGAAGGAGCCGCCCACUGUGUCUGAAAUCCAGAGCUCGUCUCCAGUCACGCUGCGCUGCAACAUAGACGGGCACCCGCGUCCGACGUGCCAGUGGUUUAAAGAUGGCUCAAAGUUGACUGAUAAAAUCCAUCAAAUCAACAACAAGGAGCGGACGUUGACCCUGAAGAGUGCCAGUCCUGAUGACAAUGGGGUUUAUUACUGCUGUGCAAAGAACGCAGUGGGCCAGAUCUGCAGCAGCGACAACUUUACACUCAGCAUUAUAGAUGAAAGUUACCCUCAGCCGCUGAUCAUUCCUCGGGACCAGGUAGUGAACAGGAACGAGGAGGCAAUGUUUCACUGCCAGUUCACGGCCCAGCCACCGCCUGUGCAAGAGUGGUUCUUCGAAGGUGAACUUAUCGCAAACAAGACACGGGUGGUUUUGUUCAACAAUGGCUCCCUGCAGAUCACCCAGGUGAAGACUCGCAACACUGGGGUUUACAAGUGUGUGGCGAAGGGACCAAAAGGCAAUUCUGCAGAGGUGACCGCAACACUGAGAAUAGCAGACAUUGAGGACAUGAUGCCGAUGAAACCGGAGGUCUUCACUGCGGACACCAUGCAGCGUGUGUACUGCCGCCCGCCCCAGGGACACCCAGAGCCGACUGUGUGGUGGGAGAGGGAGGGCAUCAGGAUCCCCUCCAGCGGGCGAGUCUACAGUGAGGGCAAGGAACUCAUCUUCAGCCCCAUAGAAGGAGGAGACUCAGGGACAUACACCUGCCUCGCCGAGAACAAAGCUGGCCUGAAGAAACAGGAGAUGACCAUCACUGUGGCGACCAAACCAGAGUGGGUAACAAAGCCCACGGACAGUCAGUUGGAGGAGGGUAAGCCAGGAUUCCUUCACUGUCAGGCCAAAGCCACUCCAGACCCACAAGUGACCUGGUACCGCAACAGCAUCGAUAUCUCUGACGAUGGUCGUUUCAAGAUCUUUCCGAAUGGGACCCUCUGCAUCCAUAAAGUGGAGGUGUAUGACGGGACCAUCUACCAGUGCUCCAGUGGCACCCCUGCCGGCAGGAUAGAUGGGCAGGCCCGGGUGCAUGUGCUGGAGCGGCUGAAGUUCACCCCUCCUCCACAGCCCCUGCAGUGCAUGGAGCUGGAUAAAGAGACCAGUGUGCAGUGCUCCGCCACAGGCCGUGAGAAACCCACCAUCCAGUGGAUAAAAGCAGGUGAUGGCGAAAUGGUACCUUAUGUUGAGCACCAAGGCGGAAUACUCCAUUUCACCAAAGUGACACGGAGUGAUGCUGGCAACUACACCUGUAUUGCCUCCAACAGCCAGCAGGGGGAAAUCCGGGCAAUGGUGCAUCUCAAUGUAGCAGUGUAUAUACUGUUCAAGUUGGACCCUGAGAACACAACGGUGUACCAGGGGCACACGGCUAUUCUUCACUGCCAGGCUACUGGAGACCCAGCUCCUUCCAUACACUGGAAGAUCAAGGACAGGAUCCUGGACUCCAGCAAAACCUCACCAAAUUUCCUGCCUAGGUUUCAGAAAAUGCCGAAUGGCUCCUUGGUUAUCAGUGAUGUGACCACUGAGGAUUCAGGGAAGUAUACCUGCAUAGCCGGAAACAGCUGUAACAUCAAACACAGGGACGCCUUUCUCUACGUAGUAGAAAAACCAGUGACUAAAUCUCAGGAAGAGAAUGGGCAGACUCCUUAUAAGAUGAUCCAGACGAUCGGCCUGUCUGUGGGAGCAGCGGUGGCCUACAUCAUCGUCGUCCUGGGCCUGAUGUUCUACUGCAAGAAGCGCAGAAACGCCAAGAGGCUGCAGAAGGGCCCAGAGGAAGAGGAGCCCGAGAUGGAGUGUCUGAACGGCGGGAGCACUGUGCAGCAGAAUGGACAGACAACAGCUGAGAUCCAAGAGGAGGUGGCUCUGACCAACAUGGGCACCACAGUCACAGCCAGCAAGCGACACAGCAGCAAUGACAAGAUACACUUUCUACGCACCAAUCUGCAGACCAUCACCACCCUAGGGAAGGGGGAGUUUGGGGAGGUGUUCCUGGCCAAGGCUAAGGGUGUGGAGGACCCGGAGACUGAGACUGUGGUGCUGGUGAAGAGCCUGCAGACCCGGGACGAGCAGCUGCAGAUGGACUUCCGCCGCGAGUUUGAGAUGUUUGGCAAGCUGAACCACAGCAACGUGGUGCAACUCCUGGGGCUGUGCAGGGAGGCUGAGCCCCAUUACAUGAUACUGGAGUACGUUGACCUGGGCGAUUUAAAGCAGUUCCUGAAGAUUGCAAAAAGCAAAGACGAGAAGAUCAAACCACAGCCAAUUAGCACUAAACAGAAAGUUUCAAUCUGCGGACAGGUGGCAAUGGGGAUGGAGCACCUUUCGAACCAUCGCUUUGUGCACAAGGACCUGGCGGCUCGCAACUGUCUCAUCAGCGCCCAGAGGCAGGUCAAGGUGUCUGCUCUCGGCCUCAGCAAGGACGUCUACAAUAGCGAGUACUACCAUUUCCGCCAGGCAUGGAUCCCACUGCGCUGGCUGCCAGCUGAGUCGAUAUUCGAAGACGAUUUCUCCACCAAAUCAGACGUGUGGUCUUUCGGGGUUUUGAUGUGGGAGGUGUUCACUCAUGGAGAGCAGCCCUACAUCAAACUCACUGACGACGAGGUGCUGGCAGGAUUACAAGGUGGUAAAAUGAAGCUCCCUGCGCCCGAGGGCUGUCCUUCCAAACUCUACAAGCUGAUGGUGCGCUGUUGGGCCCCCAGCCCCAAGGAUCGCCCCUCCUUCAGCGAACUCGCCAACGCGCUGGGAGAGAUCCCCGCGGACAGCAAAGCCUGAAUCCAGGAGACCACCGGGGUGGGAGGGAGAGGGACUGAGACUGGGCAUUGGAAUAAAACACACACACACAACAAAGCUACGGAAUGAAAGUGUUAAAAAUUGAAUCCUUUUGUUACAGAGCCUCAUGUACUCGACUGUCAACGAAAUUUCAAAUCUAUAAAGAUUACUAAGGAGGUUGGGGGGCGCAUGCCUUAAGAUCCAUCAAGCUGGAAAAGCCCUGCAUUUUGAAAGGCAUUUUAAAAACUGUGCAUUGAGGGUACAUUCCUGCACUGCUGCACUCAACUCCUUGAUGCGCAUGACUCUGGGAACUACCUCUGCAAAUAAACCCCUCGUGGCUCCAUCACAGCAAUUCAUCCACAAGGACCGUGCUCAACAGCAAGCUCCAAACAGGCAUGAGAAAUCUGAUGCUGGAGUUUUACAGUAAUGUGUGGUGUGUAGACUCCAUUUUUGUAGUUUGUUGUGGUUUUUUUCUUUUCUGUUUUUUUUAGAUACGUAAAAAGAAAAUUAUAUUGUAGUUUUUACUCUGAUACAACGACUAAGCACAAUUAAUUGUUUGAUCAGUACGGAGGCGGGCCUUGAAAUUUAAGGUAGAAUCUGAUUUUUAAAGGGCUGCUUUAUAAUUGGAACUGUAGCCAUAUAUCCCGACCUUUUUUGUUCUCCUGAUGUAAAAACAAAUUAUGUUAAGUAGCGUUUUUGUGUAUUUAAAAAUAUAAACAACUCAUUGGGUUAUUCAGGUAGGUUCUAAUACAUGCACAACAAUAAAAAGAAAGGCUGUAUCUUAGUAAAACUACAGCUAUAUUAUCACACAUGCAAAGCCUAUGAGAAACCGGAUUCUGCGCGAGGAAUCCUCUUAUAAAUUAUUUUUGUGAACAAUUUCUGCUAAGAAAUAAAUAAUAAAUAAUAAUUUCAUAAUGAGGAUAAAGUAGCAUUAUUCAUUAAAGCCAACAUGCAUCAUAUACUUUCAUUAUGAAUGUUUUUAUUUGUGUUAAGGUUACCUGCUCAGACCAAGGUGAGACCUGUUCAUUGUAACUAAGGAAGGGGGACGGCCGAGGUGUCAUGCCUACCUGGUGAGGUGUACAUAUUGUAGAAACCAUGCUCUAACCAAUACUACAUUUUUAUAUUUUAGAAGGAUAUCCAGGAACCUGUUUGUUUAUUCAGAAGGUUCUUUUUUUAUAUCUUUUUUUUAUUUUAUUUUCCACAAUGGUACUGUUUUGCUUUUCUUUUUUUAUCGUUUUAUAUGUUUUAGGCAUUGUAUUAAUACAUAUUAAAUAUCUUUUAAUAGCCAGACUUAAAUAAAUAGUGGCGCAAGAAAAGGUCAUUAUGCUAAAGACUUAAGUGCCUGUUUUAUGAAGGAAUUUUGGCAGAUUUACAAUAUCUUAUGAAAUGCAAAGGCCUUUUUUAUAAUUCUUUGGUAAAAAAAAAUAAAAUAAAAUAAGUUAUUAUUAUUAUCAUUGUUGUUAUUAUUAUUAUUAUCAUUGUUGUUGUUAUUAUUAUUAUUAUUAUUAUUAUUAUUUUUUAAAGUGUGCAAAACCCUGAAACAUAAGUAGCAGUUUAUUUUGAAAUCUAGGCGCUUACACCUAGUACCUUUUUAAUCGGCUUGUGCAAAUGGUUACAGUAGCCAUGAUUUUAUACAUGCUGCUCUCUCAAUAAACUUCAUCUUUUGUAA